UGACGCCAAGAUCGGAGAUGGCCAUUCAUCUGCAGGGGAAAGGACAUAGAAGUAGUUAUGAUGAAAGCGCUUACUUACAGAAGCAAAAUUUAAAAUACAGUCAGAUUCUCUCCUUUUUUCCCUCCAACGUCUGCCCAUUUCCUUCCACUUUCAGUAUGAGCGGAAGUUUGUUCUGCUGAGCUUUGAAGACAGAACCCAUCUCAAGUCUGACUUCUACUCUGUGUGGAGAACGCAUUAAACACAUCUGAACGCGUCGGAGACAUGUUUGCACGGAUUUAAAUGUGUCGCGUUUGAUCGGGAUAGUUUGACAGAUAAGUACUGGACGACGCGCACACAGGAAUCCGCUUCUUGGCCGCAAACAGGAGGAAAGCAGGAGGCUUAUAGUGAAAGUCAGCGAGAGGAGACUGUGGACGCACAGAUGGUGUUUCCGUGGGACGCCAAAUACGACCCUGCCCCCGGUCGCCGCUAUACUCCCCCCUCUACCACCCUCGCCUCGGGGGGGAAGAUGGCCGAGGCCCUGCCUCUCGGAGCCCAGGAGGCCGGUGGUGGAGCUGCUCUGGUGGGAAAACUGCGAAUUGCAGACCACGGGAUGGUGGAGGUGAUGCCAGAUCAUCCAGGAGAGCUGGUGAAGACAGACAGUCCCAAUUUUCUGUGCUCUGUGUUGCCUACUCACUGGAGGUGUAACAAGACCCUGCCCAUCGCUUUUAAGGUGGUUGCCCUGGGCGACAUUCCAGAUGGCACCUUGGUUACAGUGAUGGCAGGAAAUGAUGAGAAUUACUCAGCAGAGCUUCGCAAUGCGACAGCUGCAAUCAAGAACCAAGUGGCCAGAUUCAACGACCUCCGCUUUGUGGGCCGCAGCGGAAGAGGGAAAAGUUUCACGCUGACCAUCACAGUGUUCACCAACCCUCCACAAGUGGCCACAUACCAAAGAGCCAUUAAAAUCACAGUGGAUGGUCCCAGAGAGCCGCGGCGUCAUCGUCAGAAGAUGGACGAAGUCAAACCAGGCUCCCUGGCUUUCUCUGAGAGGCUAACAGAGCUGGAACAGCUGAGAAGGAGCUCCAUGAGGGUGACACCUCCUCAUCACCAUCAUCAGUCGUCAGCCAACAGUCGCCAACCUCCAACUCUCAACUCUGCCACUUUCUCCAGCCCCCCACACACUCAGAUAACUCCUGAUUCCAGACAAAUGCAGUCAUCACCAUCUUGGUCUUACGAUCAAUCGUAUCCUUAUCUUGGCCAGAUAACUACACCCACUGUUCCCACGGCUAAUUCUCUAUCACCUGGUCGCUCUUCUCUCAGUGACCUGUCCUCUCGACUAACAGGCUCUGAGCUCACUGCCUUUGGUGACCCAAGGAUGACCUUAGAACGGCCUUUCAGUUCCCUGCCCUCCUUGCCUGACUCACGUUUUUCUGAUCCCCGGGUGCACUAUCCUCCCACUGCAGCUGCCUUUACCUACACCCCAUCCCACAAUCCAGUCUCCAAUGGUGCACUCGGUAUCACAAUGGCAACAGCCAUGGCCACCACCCCUGCAGGGAGGUACCACACCUACCUGCCUCCACCCUAUCCUGCAAAUGCUCCCCAAGCUCAGAAUGGGCCCUUCCAGUCCACCUCCUCACCAUAUCUCUAUUACUCCACUGCCGCUGGCUCCUACCAGUUCUCCAUGAUGACAAGCGGAGCAGGCAGCAGUGAUUCACGCUCACCACCAAGGAUCUUGCCACCAUGCACCAAUGCCUCCACAGGCUCUUCCCUCCUGCACCCCUCUUUACCCAGUCAGAACGAAGGGGUGGGUGCAGAGGUGGAGUCCAGUCACAGUAGUUCACCAACAAACAUGGCUCCUGCUGAAGCUGUCUGGAGACCUUACUAAACGAGCAAUGGCAGAAGCGAAGGGUGCACCCACCCACUUUGUCAUGUGAUGCGCACACUGGCAAGGGUGGAACAAAUAAAAUGAAACGGUAACAUCCGGUGGGUCUGCCUACUAAUUAGCAAGCAAUAUUGAGUUUCAAGUUGAGCUGCAUGUUAAGACCAGUUUAUGUUAGGACUGGCUAAUGUGGGUACCGAACAUCAUACAACUAGGAGCCAGACGAGUACAGCCAGUAUGAAAUACUGUCACAUCAGGGGCUAUCAAGAUAGGAUUAAUCUCUGUAGAGGACAAAACAACAAACUGCAGACACUGUGCUCGAGCAGGACUGAACUGAUCUCAGCCAAGCAUCCUUUGUUCAGUACCAGGACUUAUUCCUAAUAAUGUGGUUGAUGAUGUGAAUACAAUAUUUGCUCCUCACAAAUGUUGUGAUGAACUGUUUGUGUUUACUGUAGCAAAUUCUGUCUUUUUAUACAUCAGCACUCUUUCUCCCUUUUUUCUUUCUCAACUAAAGUUCAAGAAAUAUCAUUUUAGACAUGAAAUAGUUCAAAGUUUUCCACUGGCAUUCUCUUAGCUUUUUAAUUCCAUUAUUUCCAUUUCCAAAGUUCACUGUAUUCCAUUAGCAGUGUUCAUCCAAGAUAGUCUUCUCUGUUCUCCAAAUCCACCACCAUUUAACUUUGAACCAACAAACCAUCGCACCAUAGAUUGCACCAUUGUAAAAGCAGUGAAUUUGUUCUCAUGACACCUUUUUAGCUAGUAUUUCAUUUUUGUUCCUGCCUGUGUGCAUAUGUGUGUUUGGGUGAGAGUUCAUGUAUUUGUGUGUCUGUGUGUCAUAUUUUCCAGUGAUCCACUACUGAUUUGUACCAUAUAUAGCAAUGACUGUAUAUGACACCCUAAGAUUGUUUUCAUCACCCCUUCCUCUCUCUCACUGUCUCUCUCAAAUAGACAUACAGACUCAGAGAGACACACAUACACACUUACAUCAUAGUUUGCUAUAGUGUUGUGUAUAUUUCAAUUAGACUGAUGUAAAUAUAAAGAAAAUACAACUGUU